AGCUUUGACUUCAAAAAACCCUAAACCCUAACCGAUCUCUCUUCCUGCAAACCCAACAAAGAUGCAAACUCUGUUCUUAAAAUGUCUCUACCCUAAACCCAACAACUCAACCUUACUCUGUUUCUUCUCUUCUCUAUCGUCUCUUUCUCACUCUUGCACCUCAAACCCAUCCCUCUGCAAUUUCCUCAUUGAAACCUUGGCAUUCUCUGAACCACGAGCCGUUUCCAUCUCCAAUCGCUUCCCACCCACCAAAACCCUGCAGAAGCCACUGGCCGUAAUUCAACUUCUCCGACAAUUCGGCUUAUCCGACAUCCAAAUUCAAUCUUCCGUUCGGGUCGCCCCCCAAAUCCUCUUCUCCGACGUAGAAAAGACUUUGAAGCCCAUGCUGCUGUUCUUUCAGGACCUGGGUCUCACUGGUCCUGAGUUGGGUAAGUUUAUUUCGAAGCAUUCUAAGAUUUUGCAUGAUAGUUUGGAGAAAAAAUGGAUACCCUACAUUGAUAUGAUCAAGAAAACCCUCGUAAACGAUAAAAACAAUCAGGAUUUGAUUAAGGUUCUGCAGAAGUACCGUUGGGUCGUCUCCAAACCUGAAUUGAAAUUGAAACGCAGCAUUGCCUUCUUGGAGAGCUGCGGCAUUGUUGGGUCCCAGCUCUCCAUGCUUUUGAGGUCGAAACCUGGGCUUUUCUUUCAGCAAGAGCCGGCUCUUAGGGACCUCAUUUUGCGAGUUUUAGAUAUGGGGUUUUCUGUCAAUUCAAGGAUGUUGGUUCAUGCUGUGCACGCAGUUAGUGGCAUAAGUGGUGAGACUUUUAGUAGGAAGUUUGAAAUGUUUAGGAGUUUUGGGUUCUCAAUGGAUGAAUGUAUGGAUAUGUUUAGGAGGGCUCCGAGAAUACUUACGACUUCCGAAGAUAAUUUGAAGUUUAAGAUUGAUUUCUUCUUGAAUGAUAUCAAGUUGGACAGGUGUGCAUUAGUUAGUGGGCCUAAUUGUUUGACGUAUAGCAUGGAGAAGAGAGUAAUUCCUCGUUAUAGAGUUUUACAAGUUAUCAAGUCCAAGAGACUGUUACAGAAGGGGCCAAGAUUUCUUUCUGUACUUUGUUUGUCGGAAGAGGAGUUUCUAAGGAAAUUUAUAUCAAGUUUUAGAGAUGACGGAGAGGUACUUUUGGGGACUUACAAGGGCAAUCCUUUAGAUUCUUGACUCUUCAGUGUAAUAGGAAAUCUGAAUCUUUUAUUCAUUCAUGUUUUAAACUAUCAUGACCAAUUUCCCUAUCGAUGUCGUACUUUGGGGUUGCUCAACCUCCCUAUGGGAAAGCCAUGGGCACCUCCGGAACAACAACUAGAGGUAGAACUCGGGUUUUCGCCACACAUUUCCCUCAAGGCCCAACUUCGAGUACUCUUUUUAAAAAACCUUCAUAUUUUGGUGUUUAAAGUUGGCAAGUUCUAGCUUUAUGGUAUGCAGUGUACUGUCAUUGACAAUUUUUUUAACAUGAUAGCAUGGUUUAAUAGCCAUAAGCAAUUAGGGUGCACUGUGUGGAACCAUAUGGGAACGAGGCAGGCUAAGGGUGACUUAGUUGGAUAUGUAAUUUGCUGAAGAAGUGGUCUCAAUUUCCUGAAGAAGAUUAUCGACAACAACUGUUGCCUUUGUUGUUGAGUAAAAAAGCUAGACCGGAUAUGAAAGGUUUUUCCUAGUUACCCUUUUGUGUCAUGGUGUUAAUAUUUUUCUGGCAAUAUUGUUCUUAUUUGUUUUCGGUCAUUGGGUUAUACUAUAACUGUUAUAAUAAUCCUGUUUGUUUUUCACAUUUAACCUGUGAAACUACACUUUGAAUUUCACUGCUAUUUGCCUAACUGUAGUGUUCCCUUUUCAAUGCUUCUAUAUGAAAUGAAACAUUGGUUUUCACAGGUUGUUGCCUUACUGUAGUUGUUAAAGGCCCAUAUAGGCGUGCGUGGUGUACCUAUACGGCUAUACCCGAGGCUGAUUUUGCACCUCACCAGGGAUGGGGCAUGGCGACGUGAAAGAAACUCACCAUAGGAUUCUCAUUUAGGUGAGAGGCGCAAGAGUAAAGUAGUAAAGAGGAAUGAAAUAUUAACCCUGGAAUCAGAAAAGUGGAAGCUGACUUCCUCACAUCGUAUCAGAGUCUUAGCAAUCCACAAACUUCACAUCACCAAAUUUGAUUGAAGUCUCUGGUUAUCACAAAGUUAUUGCCAGUCAAAGUCUUGACCUGUGUUGAUCAACUGAAGUCUCCUCUCUCUUUUUUCCUCGUCCCCUAUCCUUCUUCUUCUUGCUUGCUUUUUUAUCUUAUCAAAUCUUUUGUGUUUUAUUUUUGGAGUUUUGUUCCAAUUUUUCUACCAUGUGGCAUUUGUAUGGGUAUGCAGUUGUUGUA